CGUUUCACAGCAAAAAUGAAUGUGCGUUCGUGGCGUGUGGAGGCAAAGUGCACAACAGUUGAUGAGUUUCUUGCACAAAAACAGCACGAACGAAAUGCUGUGAUGGCGCUAUUUAUCUAUUCAAUUGUUUUUUUUUUGUUUUUUUUGUUGAAAAGAGCUGUACAUGAGCAUCGCUUUGUUUGUUUAAAAACAUUGUUUCUCCCUUUGCAUAAUCGUGGCGAUGAUUUCAUUUCAUUUUACACGUACGGCAAUGGGCUGAGAGAAGCGAUAAAUCCAAACCCAGAUCUCAUAACGAAUUUAAUUACGUUGAACCGUCUACAACACGGUGCUAAUGCAGUGAAAACUUCCCAUUAUUUAUAGUUAUAAUAAAGAGAAGAAAAAAAUGUUUCAUUAGAUUCUGCGAAGUGUAAACAUUAGUCGAGUCCUAGAGCUUAUGAACAUGAUUCCCUUUCGCACAAUGGAAUGGGUUAAGCAUUACAAAGCGGUGGGAAGCUAAUUCAAACGGAUCCGCUUUACCAAUUUGUUUCAUUUAUUUACGCUUCUCUCUCUCUCUCUCUCUCUCUCUCUCUCUCUCUCUCUCUCUCUUCCGCAAGGUUAAGUUAUUUUCAUACACCAAGAUUGAAUGCAGAUUUUCGUAGCUGUUGUUUUUGGGGCCGACAACGUCACACGUAUCGUGUAAAAAUGUGCGUAAAAAAGUUUGUGCAAAAUAGAAAAACUCGCAACAUAAAACCGAUUUCAAUUGUUUUGUUUGAUUGCACGAAAUUCCAUUGGCAUUCCAUUUAACGGCUCAAUCAAUUUUUAAAUAGAACUAUUUCAUGUACUUGCUCAUUCUUUUACUUUUUUUUUGUUCUUUUGCAAAAUAAAACGGGGGAGAGAGAGAGAGAGAGAAAAUCGAAAGAAAACAGAAGAAAAAUGUUACUUCAGAUGAUUGAAUACAUUUUUUCUAAGCACUUAAUAGCUACGAGCUAUUGAGAUCGUUGAGCGUCGUUUUUUUUUCUAUUCAAAUUACGGUGCAAUUGGGAAUGAAAACGUAUCUACACCAUUCAAGUGCGAUAUCACUUAAAGCUGACUUCUGACUUUGAUCACGUAAAUAAGAAUACGUGAUUCGUUAAAUGCUUAAAUCGUAUGUCCAUUCACAGCCAUCGAUGUGGAUGAUGAUGACGACGACGAGACUUUUGCACAUUUAAUCGACAAAAAAGGAGCUUAAAUGUGUCAUAGUUGCUUUUUUCGUCUUCUUUUAUGUAGUUGCAUUGGGAGCCGCUUCUAUAAAUCCAUUCCGAAACGAAUCGCAUUGAGCAUUAGUCGCAACAAUUUAUUGCAAGUGUACAGUUUUAUCGAUGACAGCCGGAAAUCCGCCGUUCAAUUUAUAAUAUUGAAGACAGAAAAACAAACGAAUAUCAAAACGUUAAUUCAAUUCAGAUUUAGAAAGGAAAACCGUUUCAGAAGGCGGUGAGGUCAAUCAAUGAACUGGCUCUCUAGCAACCAUAUACAUACACACAUUUGAAGUGACGUCAAACAAAUAUGAAUUUAGAUGAAGUGGCUUGGAGUGGAUAGAACUUUCUAAGUUUCAAUAGGUCUUAUUCUAUGACUUCUUUUGCCAAAUUUCUUUCUAACGAAUACCAUACAAAAAUAGCAGAAUUUUCUUUACUUCAGAAUUCAAUGCAAACAAAAAAUCCAUUAUUAGUUGUGAUUAAUUGAGAAAUAGACGAAAAACGAGGAAAUAAAUCCAAGAAAAGCAAAUAUUUGAAUUAUUGUGGGUAACAACAUUAAAAUCGCUCGAAGCAAAGAGAAUCUACUUUCAAUGAAUAAAAAACACAAUACAGUUGCGUUUGUUAUUCAGCUAAAUGACUAAGGCAACAAACACAACAGUGCUCGUCUAUUCUAUGCUGAUGUAUUUGCAACGCAUUCAAAUUGUUGACUGACUUCAUAAAAAGCCCCGGUACGAAUAAAUACCAUACAUACGCGUUGAACGUGAAUGUUUGUGUGUGUUUGUUUGUGAGCUUGCGUGUAUUGUAUAUUUUUAUACAUGCGUUCAGUUCUGUUCGUCCGUUUGUUUGAGCCCGCACUUCGAUUUGUCACUGUUUACUGUGCACACCGAGUAUCGAUUACUUUUCAGACAAAGCAAUCGCCUAUCCGUAAAUAUGACAAAUUAGGACGACGUGGAGCAAACAACGAACAUCGAAACGAAUACACCUACAUACUACGAAUUCAAGGAAUUUAGUUGAAACAAACAAAGAGAGUUGUUAGCAAAAUGGGAAUCAAAGAGCAAUCGGAACAGUUAAUCAAUCGAAACCUAGUGGCCCUGGUGGCGGUGAUAUUUCUCUUUUACGGUGGUUUGAGCUGCUUGUAUUCAACGCUGGUACCACAUUUAUUGGAAUUAGGAUUUACAUCAGAGGAAAUACGAUACAUACUCACCACAGUUGCAUUGAUCUCCAUCAUUGGCCCCUUAAUAUUUGCCCCAUUAACCGACCGAAUUGCUGAUCGUCGCAAAUCAUCAUAUGGCCGUUAUUUGCAAGUGAUUAUUGCCCUUCUGUUAAUCUUUGGAUCGAUUGCAUACGGGCUGUUGCUACUGGUACCGGCCGUACGACGUGAAGCAUCACGAGAGCCAAAUGUAUCAUUUGGAUGCGAUCCAUCGGGUGGGAUUAUCUUUCAAGAACGUUGCUCGGAGGAGAAGUCUUGUUUCCAUUGGGAAAAGGAAAAAGUCGGUCAACUUAUUCUCACCAACUGUUCAUACACAUGCCAAAACCCAUCACAAUUCGAAAGCCUAUACAAUCCAUGGCUUAAACCGGCACCAGCCGCUUUCAGCGAACCACCAUCAUCAAAAGAGAAACAAGAAGACUAUGAUUAUGCUGAUAUCAGUGGACCACCCAAAAACUCCGAUUCUGAACUAUCGGAUGGUACAAUUGAAGCCAGAAACCGGCGAGAAGUUGAAAAGGUAUACGUUCAUCCACCGCAUUUGUGUAUGCAAAAAAUCGUCGAUGGCAAACCGAUUAUCGAAAGAUGUCAUGCGUACACCAGUGAUUUGGAUUGGGUUAAAGUGCAAGCAAGCCUUAGAAGUGCCACCAAUAAAGAGAAUGAAACUCAUUCGGCUGAAUGGUGCAAUUAUCCAUUGGAUGGCUUCACAUGUGACAUACCCGAGGAACAAAUCAAAUAUAUGAAGGCGUAUACGGGUAAUCCAGAUUGCAAACCAAUGAUUGAGUGCGAAGUAUCGGAUCCAUACAGCGGUCCAAGCGUUUUGGCAGAAAGCCAAUGCUAUAAAAUUGUGGGAGAUAUUGAAGUAACUUAUUGGUCAUAUUUAGCAAUUCGUUCGCUGGCUGACAUCUUCCCAGUAUCAAUCAUCGUUUUGCUGAACACAGCAAUUAUAAUUGCAACGCGCGAAACAUCGACUGGACGUUCGGAAAUUGGUCGUCAAUUGGCAUGGGGAGCAUUUGCCUGGUGCAUUUUCCCACUCAUCUUUGGUAUCGUUGGAAUUCACGGUGAUAUUUUUGUGCCUGUAAUUGUAUGCAUUGUCUUAUGGAUACUUGCGGCACUCAUCUUACUCUUCAACAAGAGUAUCCCAUUGAGUCCACCUGAAUGGUGGUGGCAAAUCUACACUGGCGGCAUGAUGGCCAUUCCAUUGUCUGCCAUUCGCAAGUAUACACCAGAAAUUAUUGCACUAUCCGUGGUUGCCGUUGUGUUGGGUGCCUUUUGGAGUAUCAUCGAUACGUAUCAACCAUCGCAUUUGCUGGACUUGAAUCUCGACGAUGCACCACUUGUCAUUAAAUUCGCUUUAACUGUUGCUGCCAUUCCGGCCAUUUUCAUUCUGUGGAAUGCUGAACGUAUUGUUGACUACUGUGGUCAUGCCAAUGUUUUGAUUGCCGCAUUCGCCCUGCACAUCCUUCGUUUCACCGGAUUGGCUUUGAUGGAUUCACCAUGGUAUGCACUGUUGACGCAUUCAUUGGAAUCGAUUACACUUGUCUUGGUAUUCGUGACAUUGGUGUUGUACAUGAGACAUUUGGUGCCGCGUCGCCUCAUUGCCACUGGUCAAUCGGUUCCAGUCAUCGCCACUCUUUGCCUUGGCAACGCCAUCGGAACCUUAGUCGCACCAGUCUAUGCUCAGGGUUUCAGACAUUUGUUGUUCCGUGAUUUAGCCAUCGUUGCAGCAAUCGUUGGCACAUUGUACUUCAUUUUGUAUCAUUUCUAUUUGGGUAAACGAUGUGCUGCCGCUCAGCAGCCACCACCAUCGCCAGCCGAACUACAAACUCACAACGGAUCGACACAACAGAAUGGCGCAUCAUCAUCGCCAUCCAACGGCAACAGCUAUACACCAUUGCGAAUUUACCACAAUAGCCGUGGACGCAAGGGCCAGUUCCGAUACUAAAGAAUUUAUUAUCAGAAACAAAAACAAACCAACAACAAAAUUAUACAUCAAAAAAAUAUCGAUGUUUUUCUUAAGAACACGUGAACGAUUAGAAUUGUUUUAUUUUGCACUGCCUGAUAUAAGAGAGACUCAUAAACGUACAACGGAUUCUGUUUCGAAUCAUAGGAUAAUAUUCACAACUGGCAAGAGUAUACACGAAAAAUAUAAUCGAACUCUAAUCGAAUCAGAAUAUUUGAAAUGAUUCAAUCACACAUACACACGCACACUCAAUGUCUUUGUCAAUCCAGCACCGAAUUAAGUGUCAAUCGUUAGCACGAAGAAGAAUGUAGUUUUUUUUUUGCAAACUCUUAAAUCAGGUUUUAAUUGCAAACAUAACAUUUCGAAUUAUUUUCAUGGUUUAACACACACACACACACAUCACAAAUAGUAUACACACACACACACACCAUCCGGAUCGGAUUUCAUAUGGGAAAUGAGCAAGUUGGAAAAUAUGAAAUUCAAUAAGUCAACGAUUGGUCCGCCAAUCAAAUUUACAAUGCCAGAAGAAAGAGGAAAAUCCGUCUGCAAAUUUACACUCAUCCAAUCGAUCGAUGUAUCUUGAUCGGUACAACAAUCAUAUAUGUCCAAAUAUCACGAAUUUAUAUGAACCAAUUUGGUACAAUUAUGAUGAACGCCCUCAACCACCAAAACACUCAACUACACUCAACGCCAGAAUUCUUAAAAUAUGUGCCUGUGAAGGAAAAUGAAAUGAACCAGAAAUCUUUCGAAUGCUCUAUGAAUCGUCACUGCUUUUUUUUUCUAAAUAGAAACAAACAACAACAACAAAUGCAUUUUAACUAUAAGAUAGCAAAUAAAAAAAACUGUCAAUUUUGUAAAUCAAAGAUUUUCUAACAAAUAGGUCUUAAAUAUAUAAUUGCAAUUUGGAUAUUCUAUGUAAGCAAAUCUACGACGAGAGAUAAAAAAAAAAUAAAAUGAAUUUUCGUUAUGUGAA